CAGCGAAUGAUUUCAUAAUCAGUAGUUCAUCCGUCGACUGCUCACGUGAUCACUCCAAAUACCAAAGCUACCUAAAUAAUCCAAAAUGCAACUGCAACUGUUGAUAUUCUUAGCGCUAGUUUCCGUUGCUGUCAGUCAGCCACCAGGCGACAUGUGCCUCAAGGACAACAAUGUGACGCAUGCCGAAUUGGAGGCACUGUCCCCCAAUACGCCCGUCGAGAACGUCGCUCCCAAUAUCAAGUGCUAUGCCAAGUGUCUGCUGAGGGAUUACAUUGGCGACGAUAACAAGCUGAGCCUGGAGCGCGUUGGCGACAACGCCAAUGCCCAGGAGAAGGUCGUCCUUCAGCAGUGCAUGUCGCAAUACGAUGGCGUUAGCUCCACGGCUCCCUGCGACUAUGGAUACCUCCUUUUACAGUGCCUGACUCUGCGCACGGAGCCCAAGCGCAGCGUGGAGAUUGGAUACGUGUACAAUAAAUCUUAGCUAGUAUCAGAUGCAGAUCAAGCUCAAUAAAUUAACAAAGAAUAUCGCAUUUAUUAUGCUCAAAACUCGUCUACAAAUUGUGC